CACUCACCGUACCAGCAUCACUCCAGCGACCAAGACAAGGCCAACCUCUCACAAAACAUAGAUCCCAAUUUCCUUUUUUAAAGCUCUCCAUUUUUAUAAACAACGAGGCGCUAUUUUCUAUCAUGAGGAUAGUUUUGAUGCUGGGUUUGGUAACCCUCGUUCUGGGCCAGAGCCAGGAAAGAGGCUUCUCGAAGACGGAGAAGCAGUUGAUGCUGGAUUUAUUCAACUUCUUUCGCAAUAAAGUUGCCCUUGGAAAGGAGCCGAGGCAGCCCGCUUCUAGAUACAUGUUGGCCAUGGAAUAUGAUGACAGACUUCAAAAAACUGCCCAGGCCUGGGCGGACAAAUGUAAGCCAGAACACAGUCAUGGCGACCAGAGAAACAUCGCACCCUUUGGUGAACUCGGAGAGAGCUUGAGUGGAGGUCCCAUCAUGGCCAUCAAGAAUGGAUUUGAAAGGGCCUUCCUUACAUGGUAUGGUGAAGAACCCCACUAUACAUUUGAUACACGUGCGUGUAAAGGCAUACCAGCGUGUGGACAUUAUAUGCAGAUUGUUUGGGCAAACUCCACGAGGAUGGGCUGUGGUUUCAACAGGUGUCCUGGAAAGGCACCAGUCAUUUUCUGCCACUUUGGGCCCAGUGGAAACGCCCAAUAUUACAAGGAUGCCAAGGUAAUGUGGCCAUACGUUAAAGGAUCAGCAUCAGACGCCUGUAAACAUUGCCCUCAAGGAUACGGAUUCUGCAUGGGAGACGCGCUCUGUGCUUCAGCGGAGGAGUGCAGAGGUCAACAGUGCAGGUGCACACUGACCUCUUGCAGUAAUGGUGGACAGUUAGACAGCGGGUCCUGUAAAUGCAAAUGCCCGUCUGGCUGGGAGGGUGCCACCUGCAACGUCCGAUGUGCAGAUCACGAUUCGAGGCUUUGUGCCGAUGAACCAGGCUCAUGUAAAUACGACAGCGGGAGGAAGCAAUGGGCACUAGAAGCUUGUAGAAAGUCUUGUGGAUUCUGUGGCGUAUAUAAUGUCAAGAACAUAGGGAACGCUCCAAACAAAGAUGGCGUCAUCUCAAGGGUUCUCAAGAAACAACCAGGUGGAAUAUUCAACCGAAAAAGAGGGAACUGCAAGGACGACAAAGGGGAAGAGAUGUGCGGCGUGUGGGCUGACCAGGAUAAGUGCAACGAAAGGACGGUCAGAGUAGCAUGUAGAGGGACCUGUUUUGCCUGCGGAAGCUUACACAAGGGCAAAUGCAAGGACCGUAUCGAUGCGAAAAAAUGCAAGUAUUAUGCAGACCACGGCUGGUGCGAGGAUAAGAAAUAUAAGAACAUGUUGGCGAAGGAUUGCGCGAGCACCUGUAACAUGUGUGGCGAGUACAUCCCAGUCAAGACAGGGGGAAAGCAGAAGUGUAAAAACCUUCUCGGUGAUGAUGUCGCCUGCGCCAGGUAUAAGGAACAGUACGGUUAUUGUGAGAAGAGGACAGAGUGGAUGCGAGUCAACUGUGCCGCCACCUGUAACAUCUGCCCGGAUCUAAAAAAAGGUAACUGUAAGAACAUUGCGGACGACACCCGUUGUGAUAAGUACGCAGCCCGUGGGAUGUGCAAGGGAGAUAGGGGUGCCUGGACGCGGGAGAACUGUCCAUCCUCAUGCAACACAUGUCCUUGAUCAGACAAACACUUGACCGAUCACAGUGGACAUCAGAAGCUGUUUUAUAGUUUGACGCUUUGUACAAAAUACUUACUGGGAUUUCAGAAUCGCAGAGGGGAAAAUACCUCUCACUUUUUCAUCAGGCUUAGAGUUUAGACAUUUCAGUACAAGCAGUAACUAGUCUUUCAUCACCCAUUUGGUUGGGAGAAAUAAGACAACACCCUGGCUUGCGGCCUCGGGCGAUAUCACAUUUAUCCAUAUUUGCCUCGACAAAGGGCUACAUCUGAUAAUCAUGUUGUUGUCCUGCAAACACGGUGGUGAAAACAUACUGUUGCAAUACAUGUACAUGUAUAUCAAAA